GGAAAGCAUUCGAUUAGCAACUAUCAUUGGCUAAAAUUAGAUAUCAGAUAACAAUCAUUCAAAGUAAACCGAUUAUAUCCCGUUAACACAUUUUAAUGGUUUAAAGCACAAUAAUGUAUUCCAACAAUUUACAACACAUGCAACAGCAUGAAGCUUUGCCCUCAUUACAGCCUCAUUCAAUAUCUCCUUCUACGCAGGAACCGAAAAUUAGCACUAAAAAAAGACCAAGAAGGGAUAGAGCAUGUGAUCUGUGUAGACGGAAGAAAAUUCGCUGUGAUUAUGAUCCAGCUUAUUCACAAAAUCCAUGCAGUUCCUGCAGAAGUUAUAACAAAUUAUGUACGUUUAAUGAAGCGGCUAAAAAGAGAGGGCCACCUAAAGGAUAUGUCGAUGGGUUAGAACAGCGUUUAAAACGUAUGGAAAAGUUAUUACUGGAUAUAGCAGCUAAUGGAAAACUACCACCAGACAUGGUGAAAGAUCUUCUUCAGCAAAACGACAGUGCGGUACAACAAGACCCUAUAAACGAUGGCAGAGAUGGUUCUUAUUCUUCAGAUAUGGACUCGUGUCAAAGUAAUAGUCAAAAGUCGCCACACAGUGCGUCACCAACGCUAAAGGUCGGUACAGAGGAACAGCAACAGCAGCAGCAGAAUGAGCAUCUGUUGCCUAGAAUUGAAUGUCUGACGCCUAACGCCAAAGAUGCUAAACGGCCAUUUUCAUAUAUGGGAAGUUCAUCUGGUGUUUACUUAUUAACUCGCCUAUUUACGGAAAAUACUGGUCACCAGUGCAGCAAUGAAGAGAAAAAUGCGUUGCCACGACCUGUUAAAGGGCAUGAAGAAGAUUUGAUGGUGGCUCGACUUGAAACCGGAGCUUCACCAUAUAGGAAUCUAUGCAAAAUACUAAAUCCAGGUUGGAAAAUGCCGCCUAAAGAAUUAGUAGACUAUCUCAUCAAGCUCUAUUUUGAAAAGUUAAAUACCUUCCUCCCAAUCGUGGAUGAGGAGAAAUUUUACGAAAAAUAUCAAAAAGCCAACCAUGAGCCUCAAUUUAUACCAAUUAUUAUGGCUGUUUGCAGAGCCGCUUUCCGUCUGUUGAGUGAUGGUCAUCCUCUUCUUGAAAAAUACAACAUUGUGGACCGUAAACAAUACUUUACCGAUAUAUGCUUUCAGUUAGAACAAAAUUUUGAUUUGGACUUUUUAGAACCCACAAUGGAAGCUAUUCAAGUAUUACUUUUACAAGCAGCGAACACAGAUAAAUGGGGAUCUCAAAGUUCAGAUUGGAUUGCUACAAGCAUCGCCGUGAAAAUGGCGCAGGAUUUAGGGUUGCAUAGAGCAAAUACACAACAGAGCGGAAUAACAAUUAGAGAAACGGAAUCUAGGAGGAGAAUCUGGUGGUGUGCUUAUAUAAUCGAUCGCUGGGUCUGUGCUUCAUUGGGCAGGCCUUUGACCAUCUCUGACGCGGAUUGUGAUGUAGACUAUCCUGACGCAGAGGGCAGGAAGUAUGUAUCCUUUGAGUACCUGGCUAAAUUAUCCUGCAUUCUAGGUGACGCUCUGCGAGGUCUCUGUACACCCAGAGCUCGCCUCAUGUCUGAAAAGGGAGUUGGUUUGGAGAACAUAUCCCGUAAACUGGAACAAAUGUUACUGGAAUGGAAAAAGAUAUUACCAACAGACUUGAAAUUGACAGAUGAAGAGCUGUCCCAGAUUUCCCGAAUGGGCCAUUCGGAUCCAGCAUUGAAGCGAAAGCUAAAUAGCGGAGCUGGUAAAUUACACCUCGCAUAUUAUGCAGUUUAUUUAUUAUCAAAGCGCCCAUUAAUAUCGCUAGGAACUGGCGAAGAAUCUACAGUCCAGAUGCCCAGCGAGUGUCAGAUGGCGAUUAGACAUUUCAUGGGCAUUAUUAAUGUCAUCGAUCUGGCAGAGCUUAUUUCUGGCUGGUCUAUAUUCAGUUAUUGUCUCUCAAACACUCAAAUGCUUCUGUUUCUAAAUUAUAAAAACGCUGACUCUCGACUUGUAACAGAAUCUACAGCAUUCUCGGAAAGGUUUCGAAAACUUCAUCUUGAUUUAGAAAAAUAUAUAACAGAGCCCUCCAUCAUUCCGUUCCUAGACGUUCUUUCGAAAAUUAUAAGCUCCAACGGAAUGAAAAGCGUCGAUGAACAAUCACCAAGCACUGAAAAGAACAAACUCGGCGAUAUUUUUGAACAGCAAGUAGAUAGUAUGUCUUCUGAAAUUCAAUGGCAAGGUAUUUGUCGGUUUUCCAUUAGUUUUAGCAUGUGUAUUAGCUUCAGCAUUAUUAACAGUACGUUGAAAUCUUUAACUAUUACAAUUAUUGUUCAACACUUAGUUUAUCCGCUAAACACACACGACUUAUAAUACCUGCUCAUACCAGUUUUGUGAUCAUUGAAAGGAACCUAAAACCGGAUGUUAU